GAAUUUCGGGUCAAUUGAGCACAAAAUGAGCCAAUUCGAGCAACAAAUGAUAUCAUACCGAAAGAAGGAGGCAUUUUAUCAAGGUGAUUCAGAAGACAAAAAUGAAGAGCAGGAAAAGCCGCAUCUGCCAGACAAAAGUGGCAGAAGGCGCCCAAAUAGGCGCCCAAAAUGGAGGCCUUCGCGGCCGCCUACGGGAAAAAUCAGAAGUCAACCUCGCUUUGACUCGAGACCAGAAAAAGACCGAAGGCUGCCGACACUGGGCAGAAGGCGGCCGCCUACGGUGGCCGCCUGCGGCACAAGGGGACAAAACCAACCACCGGUCGGCCAGACAGGACGGCAGGCGGCCAGACAGGACGGCAGGCGGCCGCCUGUUGGACCGCCUGCGGCGGCCGGGAUCCGCCGGGAUCCGAUCUGCCAACGAAAAGACGGCAGGCGGCCAUUUGUGACGGAAGGCGGCCGCCCUCUGUGGCCGCCUACGGCUGACGAGACCGGCCACGAUCCGCUGUCGGCGAUGGGACGGAAGGCGGCCAAAAUGAGACCAAAGGCGGCCGCCUGGUUGGCCGCCUACGGAAGGCGGCCAGAUUCCGACGGAAGGCGGCCGCCGUCUUGGGCGCCUUCGGUGAAAUUUCUGCUAUAAAUAGCAGGCUUUUUCCCCAUCUCAAACACACCAAUUUCAAGCCCAAAUCAGAUCAAAAAGGGCGUCUUCUUCCUCCUCAAAGCUCGGAUUUCCACCAUUGUUGCACCUUCAACUUCAAUCUUUCAUAUCUUUCUCAUUUUAGCUCCAAAUUGUGAGUUCUUUAUAUGUAUUUUCAUCCUUUCAAUGAGUAGAAUCUGAAUCUGUACUUAGUUUUUUUUAUCUGUGCUUCUAAAAUUUCCAGAAAAUUAUUCAACUAUUUCGCAUUUUCGUCUUAAAUUUGAAUAAAAUAGUUGUUGACAUUAAAUCCAUUCCAAUUAAUUAUAUAGUUGUUUACUAGCCUCAAGGUAGUUAUUUAUCAAAACAAAGUUAAUUUUUAUGAAGUAGAAGUAAAUUUUAAUUAAUUCCGGCAUUUAGUUGUUAUUAUUGCAUAAAUUAAAUUAAAUACUCAAAAAAGGAAAAAAAUUAGUUUCUGUCCUAAUUCCAGUUAAAUUCACAGUAAUAUCACUCCGAGUAUUCAAUAUAAAAUUUAGAACGAAUUUAGAAUAUUUGUAGUUGCUUUUUGUAUUUUCUAGUUAAUAUUGGGAAAAUUAUCAAUUAGUUGUUAAAAUUGGAUUUUAGGUUAUAAAAUUCGGGAAAAAUUCCAGAAGGUGAUAUUUUAGUUCUACAUGUUUAUUUUGGAAGAAUGUUAUUUUUGUUUAAUUUUUGCUAUUAUACAUGCUUAAUUCCUUGUUAAUGUUGAAUUUAUUCAUUGUAUUGUUAAAUGAAAAAAUGAUGUUUAUUAGCUAAUUGGUUUUGGGCAUGAAUUGACUAAAGGAAUAUGGAUUGACUUGUUGACCGAAAAUUAGGGAUUAAAAUUAAUAAUUUGGACUAGUUGUUUGAAAUGAUGAAAUAGUAAUUAAUAAUUGUUAGCCAUAUUCAUUAAUUAAAUUCUCGGAAAAUUAUUUCUAACUUGUCUAUGAGAUUAGAAAAUAAUUUAAGCCAACCAUAUUCAAGCACAUUAAUAAGGCCUAGAAAUAGGAUAAUUUAAUGAAAGGGAUUUACAUCUUGUCUAUGAGAGAUAAAUUCAAUUGCUUAAAUAAUGAGUUUAACUAGUUAAUGAAUUCGGCUAUUUUUAUUAAUUAAAAUAUUGGAGAAUUAUUUCUACCUGGUCUAUGAGGUUAGAAUUUAAUUCAAGCCAACCAUUUUUGAACACAUUAAUGACACCUAGAAAUAGGAUAAAUUAAUGAAAAUAGUUUCUAUUCUUGUCUAUGAGGAAAGAAAUUAUUAGUCCAAUUUUAGUUUUAAUUUCCCUAAUUACUAGGUCCAAGAAUAUAUCCAUUUCUAAUUACUCAAUUCAUUGCCCUUAUUUGCACCAAUCCAUUUAAGUUUAAUAUUAUAUUUUUUCCUUUAGUCUAUUUUUGAGCCAUCAUUAGUAUUUGCACAAUUUAAUUUACUUUCUUUUCCAAAAAGUAGUUUAGAAAAUCAAUCAAAAGUUUUAAUUUGGAAAGCUUCCAAUAAUUUGCGAUAACCUGUGACUGGACUUGAAAUCAAGAAGCUCCUCCGCCAUUCCUCGAGAGACACGAUACUCGGGGAAAAACCGAAAGGUUAGACUCCGUUUUACUACAACGCCGCGAAAGCGGUUAUCAAAUGGCGCCGUUGCCGGGGAAUGGCACGAUUAUUUCUUGAUUUAAUUCUAGCAUAGGUGAAUUCUAGUUAGGGAGACUUUUUCGCCCUUGCGACAAUUUGUAUAAAGAUUUCAGGAUAAAUGAAUGCACACCCGCUCUAAAGGAGUGGAAGGUCUAAUUGAACUUGAUCCUGAACCUGAACGAACUUUGUGGAAAAAUCUUUCAAUCCACAAGAAACCAAGCAUGGCGGGAGAAAGGACGGUGUUGCAAAAUCUUACGCCAAACUUCAUCGAGGAUGAUAGUAUCAGCGCACCGGCAAUCGAGGUAGCCAAUUUCGAGAUCAAACCCGCCAUUGUCAACAUGAUGUCCAACCAUCAAUUUGGCGGGUCCAAGCAAGAUGACCCUAGGGCCCACAUGUUGUGGUUCACCCGAGCAUGCCAAACGUUCCGCUUUAACGGAGUGACCUCCGACGCCGCAAAGUUGACCCUAUUUCCCUUCUCAUUACGGGAUAGGGCAUCUUUGUGGCUGAAUAGCUUUCCAACGGGUCACUUCACAACAUGGGCGGCACUGCACCAAGCAUUCAUGCAAGAAUACUUUCCUCCAUCGGCAGUUGCUAAAAUUAAAACAGCAAUCCAGAACUUUAGGCAAUUCCCGAUGGAGUCCUUAAGUGAAGCAUGGGAUCGUUUCAAGGAUAUGAGAAACAAAUGUCCACUCACACUGAUGGAUUCUAGUAGCUUGAUGUUCCAUUUUUACAAUGGACUUCAAGUUAGUAGCAAAAAAGAACUUGAUUUCUCUUCUCAGGUGGGAUCAUUCCUUGACAUGGCACCCAACACCAACGAAGCUCUGGUGGAGAAGGUCACUUCAAAUGCAAGAUACUGGUAUGACGAAAGAACUCCAGCAGCAACAAAACCAGGAUAUCUUGAAGUUGACCAACUCACGGCCUUAACAGCAAAGAUUGAAGGGUUGGUCGUGGAAGUAAAGAAUCUGAAGAAUGAAAACAAUCACACCAACCAAGUCAACAACAUCGGUGCUGUCCCGAAUCAACAAUCAUCCCGAUACUUCGGGAACUCAAGCUCUGCUCCACAGUCAUCUCAAUUUAAUACUUUUUCACCUGUUUCCCAUUCAACUGAACUUGUACUCUCUUGUGAGAUAUGUUUUGGUCCACAUUUGACCAAUUCAUGUCAAUUAGUUGAUGAAUGUAAUCUAAGCAACAACAGGGAGGUGAACCUGCUGGAGUAUGGCCGAACAAAACAAGAAGGGCCAUGGGCGAAUCAAGGCAACCGGGGGGGUAACUCCAACUACCCUCCUCAGAAUUUCCAAGGAAGGAAUUACCAAGGUAACCAAUGGCGGGGGGAUUACAACAAUGGUCCUCCUCGCGGCGGUUAUCAAGGUAAUCAAAACUACCCCAACAAUAAUCAAGGGAACAACUUCCAGAGUCGGAACCAGGGAGGUGCACCAGCCCAACAGAACAACCAAGCUUAUGUGCCUCCACACCAACGACAAACGGAGGCUGCCCAGCCAUCAGAGAUAGGCUUGUUGGUAGCAGAACUGGCAAGGACACGGGAGGAAAUAACAAGAUACAAGGCCAGCACUGACAAUCAGAUCAAAAAUCUAAUGAUGCAAAUUAAUCAGAACAAUGUUCCCGGUCGUCAGCCAGGCAACUUGCCUAGCACCACGGAACCAAACCCCCGUGAACAUGUGCAAGCCAUCACUCUCCGAAGCGGGAGACAAACAACCGUGGCUGAGCAGAAAGACGAGGAAGAGGAAGGUACCCCAACCAUGGAACCUGAGAAACAAACUGAUGCUCCAACUGAGAAGAGCAUGGAACCAACACGCCCUAACACAAAGGUCACUAUCGUCAAACCUUCUCUCCCGUUUCCUUCACGGGUUAGAAAUGAUGACGAUAGCAGGAAGUACAACAAAUUCCUGGACCUACUCAAACAACUCCACGUCAACCUGCCGCUGAUGGAUGCCCUAGCGGAAAUGCCCAAAUAUGCCAAGUUUUUCAAAGACUUGCUGACAAACAAGAGGCAGCUGCAGGAACUCUCAGUCGUGGACUUAAACGCAGAAUGCUCGGCCGUGGUUCUGAGGUCAAUACCCGAAAAGCUAAAGGAUCCAGGUAGUUUCACUAUCCCUUGCUCUAUAGACAAUUUCAACUUCAAUAAUGCUCUAGCUGACUUAGGGGCAAGUAUCAAUCUGAUGCCUUCCUCUAUAGUCGAGAAGCUAGGACUUGGGGAAAUGAAACCCACCAGGAUGUGUCUUCAACUGGCUGAUCGCUCAGUCAAAUAUCCGAAAGGAAUUGUUGAAGACGUCCUGGUCAAGGUUGACAAAUUCAUUUUCCCAGUCGACUUUGUAGUAAUGGACAUGGAAGAGGAUAGGGAAACACCUCUUAUUCUGGGAAGGCCAUUUCUGGCUACCGCCAGGGCCUUGAUUGAUGUCACUGAUGGCUCAUUAACUCUAAGAGUCGGAGAUGAUCUAUGCACCUUCCGACUCUCAGAUGUUAUGAAACACCCCACGGAUUCCUUUCAAGGAUGUCAUUUUCUUGAUACCUUUGAGUCUAUUGAAGGGUAUCUGUUUGGGGAAGAAAAUGGACAUGUAACUGAUGAGGCAUGUCUGUUAAAAAAGGCCAACAGUGAUGUGAGUGAUGCAUGUGAGAGUUGUGAGGAUGCGCUGAUUGAUCAAGCUUCUAACGAAGUAUUGACUGAGUUUGAAGGGGAGAAAAAUGAACAAAACUUGAAAAACGACCACCCCCUCGAACUAAAGAAACUGCCCGACCACUUAGAAUAUGCAUUCUUGGAUGACGAAGGCAAAUGCCCUGUCGUCAUCGCCGCACACUUAAGUGAGGAACAAAGGGAGAAAUUACUUGGAGUCCUUAAGACACACAAGCAAGCAAUUGCUUGGAAACUUGAGGACAUCAAUGGAAUUAGCCCCACCUUUUGUACCCACACCAUCAAAAUUGAGGAAGGGUUUAAACCAGUUGUCCAACCACAACGACGUUUAAACCCAAACAUGAUGGAAGUAGUGCGUGCCGAGAUUGUCAAACUGCUGGAUGCAGGUAUCAUUUACCCCAUCUCUGAUAGCCAGUGGGUAAGCCCUAUUCAUGUUGUCCCCAAAAAGGGGGGAAUGACCGUCAUGAAAAAUGAAAAGGGCGAACUUCUACCCA